AACGACACCUCUCGAAACCUUUCCCUCUGAUUCGGACCUAAAUAUUUCCUUUUGGACUGAAUGCUGAACCAAUUUAACAACUAGCGGGGAUCAUGAGUAGGGACAGAGGGCAAGUCGGUCCCAAUGGAUCUGUGGAUCGCAACAAUAGAAGCCAGAGAAGUAUCCAGAUGCCGCGCUGUCCUUCUCGGGGUCCCGAUCUGGUUAGCACUCCGGAGCACUUGCGACCAGGAUUUCGUGGGCGGACACAUCGAUAUGAUCCCAGCGAUUUCGGGCUGACGGGAAAUGAGGAAUGGCGGCAUCCACGGAUGUUCAGGAAUAUGACCUAUGAAACAGAUGCUGCAGCUAUGGAAACCUUCCGGCAGGCGCAACCACGUCGUCAACCCUAUGAAACGGGAAUGAACAUGAGCAAUUUGCCGGAGGAGUGCCUGGAGGAUAUGUCGGCACCUAACUUCGAUCUCAGCCUGCCAUCCCAGAUGUCCGAUUUGCGGGGAGAGUUACUGGCCGAUGUCUCUGCUCCUAACAUGUGCGAUGUCUCAAAAACCACCAGCCACGUGGACAAUGUAUAUGGCGAGAUUCUGGAUCGCUUUAAGAGCAUUAGGGAACGUAUUAAUCGAUCGAAUCAACUCCACGGAUCGGAGGAUCCCUGCUAUCAACAGACCACGCGUCGCAGGAUCUACACCCACCGUGAUCCAAGUGGUCAUGUCACCAGCCACGUUGAUGAGACGACUGUUUCGAAUACUUCCUCUCUGGAUUGCACGCCCGCAGGUGAGGGUGGUGAACCGGGACGUCGUCUUAACUUCUCCUUACCCAAUCGAUCGGAGAACCUAAUGGAUGAGUCAAUGCCCCCAUAUCUCGAGGCAUCGCUAGAGGUCAUGUCCUCUCAGGAUAUUCUGGAUAAUGAGACUAUGCCGGCGUUCGAGUCCCUUGGACCCACUUUGAGGAGUCAGAAUAUGUCUCAUCGUUCCUGUUUGGAGAAUGAGACGAUGCCGUCGUUUGCCAAUAUCUCUGGGAUAUCCCGAAGACAACAGACAAUGCCCAGCGAAUGUCUGGAAGAUGUGAGCCAGCCUUCUUUCGAAAGGAGUAGAUCUCGCAGACAGAGUCCCAGGCGGCAGCAAAACGUAUCGAUGCCUUCUCAGAACCUUUGGGACAUCUCAGCGCCCUCGUUUGGGAACACAACCAGGGAUCCAACUGUCAAUGAGUGCCUCGAAGAUAUUUCAAUGCCCGCAUUUGAGGGGGUCUCGAAUGUUUCCAGGAGCAGAGGUCAGAGCAGAAGUCAAAGGCAGAGAUCGAGAAACACUCGCAAUAUAAGUGACAUAUCUGCCCCGACUUUCGCCAGUUCAAGACGGGGUCAAACCACCAUUGAAUGCCUGGAUGAUAUGACCAUGCCUUCAUAUGGCAGAGUAUCGGGCUUAUCACCGAACCGGAGUCUUCGCCAACUGCGAAAAUCGAUGUCAACGCAAAACAUUAACGAUAUAUCCGAACCUAUGUAUGCCAGUUUUUCAAGAGGACCCAUGACUAAUGAAUGCCUAGAGGAAAUAACCAUGCCAUCUUUUGGUGCUGUAUCAGAUUCUUCCAGGGGAAGAACAUCUAGAAGACCGUCUUCAGCAUUUGGAAUGCCCAGCGAAUGUCUGGAGGAUAUGACAAUGCCCUCUGUUGGAGGAGUUUCAAGAGGUUCAAGAAGCAGAAGUCUUGAUCGACACCAGAGAUCCAUGCCAUCGAGUAUGACGGACGAGUGUUUGGAUGAGAUGACCAUGCCAUCGUUUGGUGGAGUCUCAGGCUCCUCCAGAAGGCAAAUAACCAUGCCGAGCGAGUGCCUUGAUGAGGUAAGUGCACCAACUUUCGGGAGGAGCAGUUCUAGAGGAUCGACUCGGCGGCAGAGGACCAUGUCAUCCAAGAACAUUCGCGAUACAUCUGCGCCCUCGUUUGCCAACUCCACCAAAUAUGGGGACACAAAUGAAUGCUUGGAGGAUGUGUCGAUGCCAUCUUUCGGCGAUGUAUCGGGAUCACCGAGGAGGAAAAGAUCCCGGCGACAGCAGAUGACGCUUCCCACGCAAAAUAUAGGUGAUAUAUCGGCACCGUCAUUUGCCAGCUCGGGACGACGUAAUACGACCAAUGAAUGCCUGGAGGACAUAACGAUGCCAUCGUUUGGAGGAGUAUCUAACAAUUCCAGGAGUCGGAGUCGAAAGCGCCAACAAAGUUCCAGCCAUCGUUCGAUGACUAACGAGUGCUUGGAUGAUAUGACCAUGCCUUCGAUGGGUGGAGUAUCUGCUAUGUCCAGAAGACAAAUGACCCUACCUAGUGAGUGUCUGAACGAUGUGAGUGCCCCGACUUUUGGAAGAAGCAUCUCUCGGGGGGACAGUAGGCGUCAACGAACAUUGCCAAGUGCCAGUUCCACCAGAUGUCCACCGACGAAUGAGUUCCUGGAGGAUGUAACCAUGCCAUCAUUUGGCGGUGUUUCCUCAACAUCUAGACGUAGACAGUUGACCAUGCCCAGUGAGUGUCUGGAAGACAUGAGUGCCCCGUCCUUUGGAGGCGUCUCUGGUCCUUCCAGGAGACAAACCACUGGCUUACCCAACGAGUGCCUUGAGGACAUCAGCAUGCCCACCUUUGGCAACAUUUCUGCAAUAUCUCGAAGAAAUGAGUGUUUGCCAGAUGUCAGUCAGCCUGCACUUGGAAGAGGUAGAUCGCUUGGACGGAGUGGGCGAAGUAAGCGGAACGUGAGCAGAACUCAAGCUACCAAUGAAUGUUUAGAGGAUGUAACAAUGCCUUCAUUUGGUGGGAUAUCAGGAGCUUCCAGAAGGAAAAGUACCUCCCAACAUCAGAAAACCAUGCCACCAGUAAGUGAAGUCUCAGAAAGGACUAAGGAAUGUCUAGAGGAUGUGACAAUGCCUUCCUUUGGAGGUGUAUCGGGAUCAUCCAGAGCUAGAAGUCCGAGACAAAGAUCAAUGAAUUCGAGAAGAGGGCAGAUGACAAGCGAAUGCUUGGACGAUGAAACAAUGCCAUCGUUCGGAGGUGCUUCGCAACAUUCAGGCCGAAGGACUCCCAGAAGACAGACUCAAAAUAUUAGCGGUAUAUCAGCUCCAUCGUUUGCUAGUUCGGGUCCUGGAUUUGAAACGAAUGAAUGCAUUGAGGAUAUAUCGAUGCCUUCAUAUGCUGAUAAUACAAGAGCCUCUAGGGCAAAAAGCUCUACGUCAAUGCAAAGGUCAAGACACGGAGUGAUGACCAACGAAUGUCUGGAUGAUGUGACAAUGCCAUCGUUUGGUCCUGCCAGCCAAAGUCCAGUCACAAACGAAUUUCUCGAGGAUAUUUCAAUGCCUUCAUAUAGGGAACACACAGGAUCGCUGAGACGAAGAUCCCACGCACCUGUGCAAAGCUCAAGACAAGAAUGGUUGGAUGAAAUGACCAUGCCAUCUUUUGGUGGUUCAAGGCGUGGGCUAACUAGUGAAUGCCUUGAGGACAUUUCAAUGCCAGCUUAUGGAGAAGAUACGGGAUCGUCCAGAGGAAGAAGCUUUAGACAAGCAACGAUGACCAACGAGUGUUUGAAUGAUAUGACCAUGCCAUCGUUUGCUAGUUCCUAUCGAGGACCUGUUACCAAUGAAUAUUUAGAGGACAUUUCAAUGCCUUCAUAUGGAGGAAUAUCAGGAUCUUCCAGGAAAAGCACAAGACAAAGGGCGUCAAUAAUGCAACGAUCCAGACCAGGGACGAUGACAAACGAACGUCUGGAUGAUAUGACAAUGCCUUCCUUUGGAACUUCAAGUCAUGGACCUGCUACUAAUGAAUGUCUGGAGGACAUUUCAAUGCCUUCAUAUGGUGGAAAUUCAGGAUUGUCUAGAGGCAGGUCUACCACCCCAAUGCAAAGAUCUAAUCAGGGAGCCGUGACAUCGGAAUGCUUGGAUGAUAUGACCAUGCCAUCAUUUGGCAGCUCUAGUCGUAGACCCGCAACUAAUGAAUGCCUUGAGGACAUUUCAAUGCCACCCUAUGGAGACGAUUCUGGACUAUCUAGAGGAAGAAGCCCGAUGCCUAUGCAAAGCUUAAAGAUGGGAGCGAUGACCAAUGAAUGCUUGGACGACAUGACCAUGCCAUCGUUUGGUAGUCCAAUUAGUGGAAUGGCUUAUAACUCAGGAUCAACUCGAGGAAGAAGUCCUAAGCAAAUUCAAAUAUUUCAAGGACCGAUGACAAACGAAUGCUUGGAUAACAUGGCCAUGCCAUCGUUUGGUAACCUAAGUCGUGGUCCAGCUACAAAUGAAUGCCUGGAGGACAUUUCAAUGCCUUCAUAUAGAAGAAACACAGCUUCCUUCUCGAGGAGAAGCCCCAGCCCUGGGCAAAGGUCUAGGCAGGAAAUGACGACCAACGAAUGUUUGGAAGACAUGACUAUGCCCUCGUAUGAGGAGGUAUUUGGAUCAUCUAGGAGGCAGAUGACUAUGCCAAGUGAGUGCUUGAACGACGUAAGUGAACCCUCCUUCGCAAGGAGUAUCCACGAGGGAACCAGUCGAAGACAGAGAACCUUGGCCUCUCCAAAUACUAUUUCACGAGGAAGAAGCCCUAGGCCACAGCAAAUGUCGCUGACGAACGAGUGCCUGGAGGAUAUGACAAUGCCAACAUUUGGCGACAUCUCUGGGUCAUCGAGACGUGGCCAAAGCACCAUGAACAGCGUUCGCUUGGAGGACAUCAGCAUGCCCUCAGGACUCUCAAACCGAACUCAGUACAGCGAGUGCGUUGAGGAUAGUGCGAGUGGAGGACGUGGACGCCGCACCAACGAAUGCCUUGAGGAUGUGAGUGCUCCCAGUUUUGCCCCGAGCAGUCGAAUGACCUCAAGACAUAUGCCCCAUAUGACAGACGAGUGUUUGGAGGAUGUUUCCAUGCCGCAGAAUGAAUCAUUAGCCAGGAAUGAUUCUAAAUCAAUAGCGCGACGUCCACCAGACAUUUCCUAUCCCUCGGAAAUGUUGGCCAACGAGAGUGCUCCCUCGUAUCAUUCACGCCGAGAUGAAGCAGAUAAGUCGGCCGACUGUUCGUGCUCAACUCCUCCACAGAGUUCCAGAAGCCGUCCCUGGGAAGACGGCAGUGCAGGUCGUUUGGAGGAUGUGAGCAUGCCCACCUUCGAGGACGUUUCCUAUCAGCCACGACGCCAUCAAUUGACCAUGCCCUGCGAAAACUUGGACGAUGAGACUCAGCCGGACUUCUUUAACUCAACUGCAUUGCCCAGCUCUACGAGAGCAGAGAAGCACCAGGGAAAAUCCGCUCGACAGGAGCAGCAGACAAGUAGCAGCAAACAACUCGCCGAUGAGAGUGCUCCAUCUAUACUGAAGGACACCACAAAAGGACCUUCAGAAGUGGUCAAGGAAGUUACCGUCCAGAGCUCAACCACCUCUGUGACAAGGAUUUUUAAUAAAACACCAGAAACAGGUAAUAACUCGGGCCAGCAAAUGAUCGAAGACCUCUCGAUGCCGCAGUUUGAGACCACGGGCUCCAGUACUCAUCAGGACUCAUCCCUUCACGGCUUCCAAUCCAUGGAUAACUACAGGCCGUUCGAUGAACUUAUAUACAGCCAGAACUCGGUGGGAAAUCAAACGCAGCCCCAGACUCCUCAGCCAGCGAGGGGUCCGAACCGUAGUCGCAGUCUGCGAAGAACACCAAGCACACCGAACACUUCAAAUAAUCGUGGGGGAACUCCCCCCACUGCUACCAGGACUCCUGGUCAACCAUGCGAUAUGGUUACCACCAGCUAUCCCUAUGGAAAACCCCAUUGCUUUAGCCGAAAACCCUGCUAGAUGGAUAACACUCAUUGAAGAUUUAUAUGUAAAUUGGUUUACAAA